AUGGAGCAGACCGAGGUGCUGAAGCCACAGACCCUGGCUGAUCUGAUCUGCAUCCUGCACCAGCUCUUUGCAGGAGAUAAAAUCAAUGUAGAGGAGGUGCAAGCCGUCAUGGAAGCCCACAAGAGCGACCCAGCCAAGUGGGCAGUGUACGCCAAGUCUGAUCAGUACAGGUAUACCAGAAAUCUUGUGGACCAAAGAAAUGGAAAAUUUAAUCUGAUGAUUUUAUGUUGGGGUGAAGAACAUGCCAGCAGUAUUCACGACCACACCGACUCCCACUGCUUUCUGAAGAUGCUACAGGGAAAUCUAAAGGAGACGCUAUUUGCCUGGCCUGACAAAAAGUCCAAUGAGAUGAUCAAGAAGUCUGAAAGAGUAUUGAGGGACAACCAGUGUACCUACAUCAAUGAUUCCACUGGCUUACAUCGAGUGGAGAACAUCAGCCACACAGAACCUGCUGUGAGCCUUCACCUGUACAGUCCACCUUUUGAUACGUGCCAUACCUUUGAUCAAAGAACAGGGCACAAAAAUAAAGUUCCCAUGACAUUCCAUAGCAAAUUUGGAGUCAGAACUCCAUUUACCACUUCAGGUUCACUGGAGAACAACUAAGGAACACCACAUCCUGAGAUUCUACUUUAAGUUCCUCUGUACAUUUGCCCAGGACAGAAAUACAUUUGCUGUGCAGUAAAACACUUAAGUAAGCCAAUACUUAGAUGUACUGUCAGGCAGAAGCUAAUUAUAAGGCAUUAAGCAAGCAGAUAGUGCCCCGAGCUAUUGCAGAAGAAAAAUCCCAUUAAAGGAAAAGGUACUGUGAUUUUUUUAAGGCCAAAUUAAGUUCUGUCAUCAAGUAGGGUUUUUAUAGCUUUUGGAAACACUUUGGUCUCUAAACUGUAAUUAGCAAUAAGUGAAAAUAAGAAACCACAAAGAUCAAAUGUCUGCUUUGUUACCUGAAAUAUUAAAUGUAGUUGUCUUUAAUAUCCUUUGAAUGUUCUUAAUAUAUGAAGAGAUUUUUUUCAAAUCCUUG